CUUUCUUUCCAUUUCCCGCUCCAAAAGCAGAGCUCUAAAUACUUAAAACCCUCACUCACUCACUCAAAGUGCUAAAAUCUCUUAGGGUUUCGUUUUUUUAUAUUUUUUUGGCGUUUCGAAACCACAUGAAAUCGGCGUUUCGUGAUGGUUUUACUCUGUCGAGUGCACUGAGCUCGCAUCAGAGAAUGGCUGCCUUUGGAGCUCUCUCGCUGUGUCCGUACAGCCUCUUGUGCCGUCCGAAGUAUACGACGAAACGUUUCGUUUCGUGCUCGCUUGGUUCUCAUACUAGUAGUAUAGAUACACGUAGAUCUAAAGUACCGCGUAAAAGAUCGGGAAAGAUGGAUGGGCCAAGGAAAAGUAUGGAAGACUCGGUUCAGCGCAAGAUGGAACAAUUUUAUGAGGGGUCUGAUGGCCCACCCCUCCGUGUUCUUCCAAUUGGUGGCCUGGGUGAAAUCGGGAUGAAUUGCAUGCUUGUGGGUAAUUAUGAUCGAUACAUACUGAUUGAUGCUGGUGUCAUGUUUCCAGACUAUGAUGAACUUGGAGUCCAAAAAAUUGUACCUGAUACCACAUUUAUCAAAAGAUGGAGUCACAAAAUUGAAGCAGUUGUUAUAACACAUGGCCAUGAAGAUCACAUUGGUGCGUUGCCUUGGGUAAUUCCAGCUUUGGAUUCUCGUACACCGAUAUUUGCAUCUUCCUUUACAAUGGAGCUUAUUAAAAAGCGUUUAAAGGAGAACGGGAUUUUUGUUCCUUCUAGACUUAGGGUAUUUAGAACACGGAGGAAGUUUGUGGCUGGCCCAUUUGAAAUAGAGCCUAUCAGGGUUACCCAUUCCAUUCCUGAUUGCUGUGGAUUAGUUCUUCGCUGCGCUGAUGGUACGAUUCUUCAUACUGGGGACUGGAAGAUUGAUGAAACACCGUUGGAUGGUAAAGUUUUUGAUCGUGAAGCUUUAGAGGAACUUUCAAAAGAAGGAGUAACAUUGAUGAUGAGUGACUCAACAAAUAUUCUCUCACCUGGAAGGACAAUUAGCGAAUCUGUCGUGGCAAAUUCAUUGUUGAGGCGUAUUUCUGAAGCUAAGGGAAGGGUAAUUACAACUCAGUUUGCAUCAAAUAUACACCGCCUUGGAAGUGUGAAAGCUGCUGCUGAUUUAACUGGCAGAAAAUUGGUAUUUGUUGGGAUGUCCUUAAGGACAUAUCUGGAUGCAGCUUGGAAGGAUGGGAAGGCACCAAUUGAUCCAUCAACUCUGGUGAAAAUUGAGGAUAUUGAUGCCUAUGCUCCCAAGGAUUUGUUAAUUGUCACAACUGGCUCUCAAGCAGAACCACGAGCUGCCUUAAAUCUUGCAUCGUAUGGAGGUAGUCAUUCUCUUAAACUGAGCAAGGAAGAUGUAAUAUUGUACUCAGCAAAGGUAAUCCCUGGUAAUGAAUCUCGAGUGAUGAAAAUGUUAAACCGGAUAUCAGAGAUUGGAUCGUCAAUUGUAAUGGGGAAGAAUGAGGGCCUACAUACAUCUGGUCAUGGAUAUCGAGGAGAACUGGAGGAAAUACUUCAAAUUGUGAAGCCACAACAUUUUUUGCCCAUACAUGGAGAACUCUUGUUUUUGAAGGAGCAUGAAUUACUUGGAAGAUCAACUGGUAUUCGACACAGUUGUGUUAUAAAGAAUGGGGAGAUGCUUGGGGUCUCUCAUUUGAGAAAUAGAAGAGUUCUUUCUAGUGGUUUCGCUUCCCUAGGGAAAGAGAAUUUGCAGUUGAUGUAUAGUGAUGGCGAUAAAGCAUUUGGUACAUCAUCAGAACUUUGCAUUGAUGAGAGACAAAGGAUUGCGUCAGAUGGCAUUAUAGUGGUCAGUAUGGAAAUUUUACGCCCUCAAAAUGUAGAUGGUAUGAUAGAGAAUAGCUUGAAAGGGAAGAUAAGAAUCACUACAAGAUGCUUAUGGCUUGACAAAGGGAAGCUUUUAGAUGCACUCCAUAAAGCCGCUCAUGCUGCACUUUCAAGCUUGCCUGUGAAUUGUCCUCUAUCCCACAUGGAAAGAACUGUGGCUGAGCUAUUGAGGAAGAUGGUAAGGAAGUACAGUAGUAAAAGGCCUGAAGUCAUUGCCAUUGCUCUAGAGAACCCUGCAGCAGUUCUUUCUGAUGAGGUAAAUGCAAGGCUAUCUGGCAAAUCCCAUGUUGGUUAUGGAACAUCAGCAUUGAGAAAAGUGGUUGAUGGACAUGCAGAAGAAAAUCAGUCCGAUAGGAUGCACACAGAAGACAUUGCCAACAUACAGUUAGAGCACUCUUUACAAAAAAAUUUGAAAGGUGAAGGUAACGAACUCGAAAGACUACUACCCAAGGAAGACACCAUAGCUUCAAGUUCCAGCUUAGCAGAGAGGCCUUUCUCCAAUUCUGAGGAUUCAGAUGAUUUCUGGAAAGCAUUUGUUACAUCAUCGUCACCUGUUGAUGAAGUGGCAAAAGAUAACAAUGGUUUCGUUCCACGAUCAAAACAUGUCUCAAUGGUUGAGAAGGACAGUGUUGAAAGUGCUAAAGAUGAGUCCUCAAAGCUGCCAAAUUCUUCCAAGCCUGUAAAACGAAAUAAAUGGAAACCUGAGGAGGUUAAGAAGCUAAUUGAUUUGCGCGGAGAAUUGCAUAGCAAAUUCCAAGUUGUGAAGGGAAGAAUGGCCCUUUGGGAACAGAUAUCUGGAAGCUUGUUGUCUGAUGGGAUCAAUCGAAGUCCAGGACAAUGCAAAUCUCUAUGGACAUCUCUGGUUCUGAAAUAUGAGGAGAGCAAGAAUGGGAAGGAAAGCAUGGAGAGCUGGCCUUUUUUUGAGGACAUGAGUAAAAUUUUGUCUAAUUAAAAAGAUUUUUGUUUUGAACAGGAGACCAAGAAUGGGAAGAAAAGCAAGAAGAGCUGGCCAUAUUUUGAGGACAUGAAUAGAAUUUUGUCUGAUCUUGAUGUAAUGGCAGCAAAAUGAUGGGCAGAGAAGGAAACUGUUUUUACCAAUUUUUUAGAAGAUUCAGCAAGAUGGAUGUUCUAUUAAAAUUUGAACAGCUCUGACCACGAUGAAGAUCCAUCAGCAACAUAAUAAUUAUAAGGUCUCCAGUAAUGUGGAAGAACAACAAUUGGUGAAGUAGAUUUGUAGGACACAAAGACUGUAAUCAAUCAAAUGAAUAGCUGAGAAAGGGGAGGGUGACCCAAAGAGAGAAUUUUGAAUUUUGUUACAUUUGACGAAAAUGUAUCCCUACACAUUGCUCUGUUUUGAUGUUUAGGGAUACAUUGUAACUGCUACAUAGUUAAUGGUGAAAGUACAAUUUCCCCAAAAA